GUGUGUCAAGUCCACCAUCAUUCUGGACCUUGGUGUCCCUCAAUGAAAAUAGGAGAUGUUGAGGGAGCUCUCUGGUUGGUUGAGCCCAGAGGACAAGGGGAGCAUGAGGGUGUAGACUGUGUCCCUGGUAACAGCCCAGUUAAGACACCCUUCCUUUCAGCCCUCAGGAACCCAGUGCCAAGCCCAGCACUAGCAGCAACACAGAGUCGAGUGCCCAGCUCCAGAGUGGCCCUGACCGCAGCAGUGGGGAUGCAGCUACCUCAUUCCCUGGACACGUGGCUGACACCUCGAAGCCAGAUCUCGAGAUAGGAAUGGCCCUUGUCACCGGAUGCCCUGAUGGCCAGGAGAAGCAGGUUGGGGAGUUGACUUUCCUGUCAUCUCUGGAGUCACCUGGUGUCACCUCAACAUCCAGUGGCACCACCUCCUCCUCAGCCUGCCCCCUGCCCAGGGCCCCUCUGAGCAACCAGAGACCCUCGGCCUUGCCAAUUUAUAACGAGCAGGUGGGCAGCUGCUGCAUAGUCCGAGUCAGACUGGACAUGGACAACGGAAAUAUUUACAAAAGCAUGUUGCUGACCUGCCAAGACAGGGCACAGGCCUUUAUCCGCAAAGCCCUGGAGGAGCAUAACCUGGAGGAAGAAGAUCCGGAGGACUACAUGCUGGUGCAAAUUGUUUCACAGAAAAGAAGGCUGAAGAUUCCAGACUGGGUGUAUGUGUUCUAUGCCAUGGACUCUUCAGGCAGCUAUGAUUUGCUCCUGACUAAGAAAACCUCUGCCAAGGGGAAGAAAGGGAAAAAGGGAGGCCUGUCCACCCUUUUUUAGAGGAAGAAGUGAGGCAGCUUCUCACUGGCCCUGACAGCUGCCAGCCUCAGGGUCAUCUUUCCACGUGUAGCUGGUUGGGUGACUUCGUCGUGCCAGGUGGGCACUUCCCUCCCCACCAGCCAGCUGAGCCCUGCCUGCCCUGACUCUAGUUUCAGCCCUGAACCUCUCCUCCUGCUGGCAUCUCCCUGCCCCUUGACAGCCUGACCCAGACUCCUGUGGACCACUCGCUGCA